CAGGGGGCUACUGAGAGGCACCCAGCACCCACCCAGCACCCCAGGGGGGAGCACCAUGUCUGCCACCCCGGUCAGGUCCCCCACCCUACAGGGACCAAAGAUGAGGAAGGACGAAUCAUUCCUGGGGAAGCUGGGAGGGACCCUGGUCAGGAAGAAGAAAGCCAAAGAGGUGAGUGAUCUCCAGGAAGAGGGUAAAAAUGCCAUCAAUGCACCGAUGUCGCCCACCCCCAUUGAUCUGCACCCAGAAGACACCCUGCUUGAGGAGAACGAGGAGCGCACCAUGAUCGACCCCAAUUCCAAGGAAGAGGCCAAAUUCAAAGAGCUUGUGAAGGUUCUUAUAGACUGGAUUAAUGAGGUUUUGGUCGAGGAGAGAAUUAUUGUGAAGAAUUUAGAAGAGGAUCUGUAUGAUGGGCAGGUGCUGCAGAAACUCCUAGAGACGCUGGGGAGUCGGAAGCUGAAUGUGGCGGAGGUGACGCAGUCGGAGAUUGGGCAGAAGCAGAAGCUGCAGACUGUACUGGAAGCCGUUCAGGAGCUGCUGAGACCUCAGGGGUGGGCCAUACGGUGGAACGUUGACUCCAUCCAUGGGAAAAACCUGGUUGCCAUUCUGCACCUUCUGGUGGCCCUGGCCAUGCAUUUCCGGGCCCCGAUCCGCCUCCCCGAGCACGUGUGCGUGCAAGUCGUCGUUGUCAAGAAACGCGAGGGGCUCUUACAGACGGCACAUGUGACCGAGGAACUGACAACCACCACCGAGAUGAUGAUGGGCAAAUUCGAGCGCGACGCAUUCGACACUUUAUUUGACCACGCCCCUGACAAACUAAGUGUUGUUAAGAAGUCGUUGAUCACGUUUGUGAAUAAACAUCUCAACAAGUUGAAUCUGGAAGUGACGGAGUUGGAGACUCAGUUUGCAGAUGGCGUCUACCUGGUGCUGCUCAUGGGGCUCCUCGAGGGGUAUUUUGUUCCUCUUCAUAAUUUCUACCUCACGCCCGAAGGCUUUGAACAGAAGGUUCACAACGUCGCCUUCUCCUUCGAGCUGAUGCAGGACGGGGGGCUCAAGAAGCCGAAAGCCAGGCCUGAAGAUAUUGUCAACCUUGACCUAAAGUCCACUCUGCGGGUUUUAUACAAUCUCUUCACAAAGUACAAGCACCUCGACUGAACCCCUCUUAUUCCCCCCAUAUUGUGCCUUAUGGGGAAAUGCACUGCACCCCCAAUUCCCCCCCCCCCCCCCCCCCCCGACCCAGUUCUACCCAUCGGCGCCAGCGACCCGGGAACCCUACGGAGCUUAUUGUAUCUGUGUGAGAGAUAUUUAUAUAUUGUGUGUCCGGGUUUCCCCUUCGUCUCUUCUGUUUCAAAACUGAUGGGGGAAAAAACAAAAAGUAUAAAUGGACCAAUGAAAACGCAGCAUCCAGAGACGCCGCUCAGUCCGACUUCCGGAACAACUGGAAUUAUUGUUAUUAAAUUAUAUCUAUGGAAUGUGUCCUUCUGUCUCCCCUGAACUUUGUCUUUUGUUCUGGAAUCUCUAUAAAGUAUUGUCAUUAA